UCCAUUUUCUAUCUUCUUUGAUAUGGAUAUCAAACUUGAUUUUCAUGGCCAUCACUUGUACUUCCGCAAUCUGAAGAAUAAUGCUUUGAAAAAAUACUGUAAUGCAUGUUUAAAGGAAAUCUCGAAUACAGCCAAUACUUAUGGACUUGACGAGUUUGAGUAUCCGUUCCAUGAAUCAUGCGUGAGAGAAUUGCAACAUCUGCCUCUUGAGAUUAUUCACCCUCUCCACUCGCAGCACCAUCUUCAACUAAUAUUCAAGGAGGACCAGGAAGGUUUCAUUUGUGAUAAAUGUUGGUAUAUUUCUACUUUCUCCAGAUACGAGUGCGAUGAAUGCAAUUUUAAUCUGCAUUUAGCAUGCGCUUCUUCAACUAAUGAUCUAUUACUUGAAGAGAAGUGGCAGAGAUUUAAAGAUGGCAAGAAAAAGGAAAUUCAACAUUACAGCCACCUUCACAAGCUGGCCAUCUUCAAAUAUAGGAAGAUAAGAGCAUAUGACUACGAUUGUAGUUGGUGCGGAAAGUGUCUAUCAGAAGUGUGCUAUGGCUGUCUACUUUGUAAGUUCUUCCUUCAUGAGUUGUGUCGGGAUAAGGUACAGAGACAACUUUAUCAUCCUUUUGAUCCUUCGCACCCUCUUCGCUUGCACUAUAGAACCGGCAGCUAUUGCAAUGCUUGCGGAGGUUUUGUUGAUAAUUUCACACGUGAUGGGACUCUUAACUAUUGCUGCCUAAAAUGCAGCUUUUUCCUUCAUUUUCACUGUGCUAAACUCUUACCCACCCUAAAACAAAAGUGUCACGACCACCCUCUCACUUAUUUCAAAAAAACCAGCUACGGUAGGCAAGAUCUUUUUCGUUGUAAUGUCUGUGAAAAGCUUUGCGAUAAUAAUUUCUUUCGUUGUGUGCAAUGCAACUUCAGCGUCCAUCUUCCUUGUGUUCCAAUACCAUCUUCAAUUGAACAUAGAUAUCACAGGCAUCCACUCAUUCAUAUGGAUUGGGUUGAAGAAGAUGAUUCUGGAGAAUAUUAUUGUGAUGUUUGUGAGACUGAAAGGAAUCCAAUGGAUCAUGUUUAUUGUUGUGAAGAAUGCACAUUUAUUACUCAUGCUGAAUGUGUACUCAAUGAGGUAAUAACUAUUUACAUUACUUUACCUGAUUACUUGCCACGCCUUUCCCCUUUCUCAUGUUUAACAACAUAUAUACGCUUUUGUCUAUUUGAUACAUCUUGA